GGCACGCUUUUUCUCGUCGGAAAAAAGAAAAAAGAAAAAACAAAGGGGAGAAAAAGAAAAAGAAAAAGAAAAAGAAAAAGAAGAGAGGUUUCCUCUUUUCUUUUCUUUUUUUUAAAUUUUUUGUGCGCGUGUGUGAAUUUUAGGGUUCGUAAUUUUUGGGUUAAUGGCUUCUGGGAGAAGCAGCAACAAUCCGAAGCGGCCGCAGUUCUUCAAAGUGCUUCUUCCUGGAUCUUUCGACAAGUUGUGGAUUCCUCGAUCAUUCGCGGAUCAUUACAUAAAUGAGGAUUGUCGGAAGGCCACGUUGUAUAGCCCUCUUGGCAAGUUUUGGCACGUCAACCUCGAGCGCAGCAACGAAUCAAAUGAUGUUUUCUUUGGCGGCGGUUGGCGGGAAUUUGUCAGAGCCCACGACAUAAGAGUGGGCUACUUGGUCGUGUUUCGCCACGAAGGAAACAUGAUCUUCACUACCAAAGUUUUUGAUUUGAGUGGAUGCCUCAAAGCGUACGAUGAGACUACUUUGAAUCAUGCGGGCCAAGUACUAACAGAUAUCGAUGAUGGCAACAUUAACGUCACCACAAAUAAUCAUUCAGAAAGGGCACGGAGAUACAACUUCAAAAAAAGAGGAUCUUAUAAGCCAAUUUCACCGACUCCAAACCAACUAUUUCCUCACUACAAGAACAAGCUAAGGAACCAUUCUCACCUCACAAAUUCAUCACCUCAAUUUGAGAAGACGGUGCGACCGUAUAAUCUUGUUCGCAAAUGCAUGAAUGUACCAGAAACAUUUUGUAUGUUGAGCGGACUCCAGGAUAAGACCGUGAUCAAGCUCCGAGAUUCGAGGCACAGAUCGUGGCCUGUGAGCUUUCAUCGUUAUCCUCAAUUUGCGCAGCUUAGGAAGGGGUGGGAAGAGUUCUGCGAGGGAAAUAACUUGAAGGAAGGUGACAAGUGCUUCUUUCGACUUGUAUCAAAAAAGGAAAUGCAUGUUAGAAUAGUGAGAAAUUGAGCAAGGAUAAGUUUUAGUUACCCUUUUUGGUGUGUAUAGAGUUACUCUCUUUAGCUGCUUCCUCUCUCU